AAACAAAAAUUUCAUAUCCUGCGGUUGAUAAAAAUGUUAUGUUGUUUUUUUUCUGUUUGGUCGUCAUGACGUUAUGAUUAUAAUCACGAACAUUACGAUAUUAGCAAGCUUAUAGCCGAAUCUGACAAAUAAUGAUAUUUGAGCACGUUUUUCUUUUUCCUUUUUCGUCUUCUUUUCGAUUCACCACCGAUGACAUAUACAUAAUAAAUGAUAAAUGAAUCUGAAUAUCUGAAUGAGCAGCAACAGGAUUUAAAAGAAGAUUUUAAUUAUUCAAAAUAAAAAAAUUAUUCAUGUUCAAGGCAAUUUUCAUUUAUAUUCAAUAUCCCAUUCAUCGAUUGAUUAAUCUGGCCACCAUAUUGAUUAAUGUGGAUUGAAUAUAUGGAUCUCUUCACUUUCAUUGAAUUUUAUCGCAUAUAAAAUAAAAAGAUUUUAAAAUUCAUUAAAAAUCUUGUUUUUAUUUCAUCUUAAUUUGUCAUUCUAGCCACAAUUUAACAAAGAGAAAAGAAAUGACGAAUCUAUCAGAUGGAAACGAUAUUGAAAAACAGCAGAAAAACAAAACAUCAUCAAAAUCGAAUGAACAUCGUGGUCAAUGGUCUACUGGCAUUGAAUUUCUUUUGUCAUGCAUUUCAAUGUCAGUUGGUUUAGGCAAUGUUUGGCGUUUUCCUUAUGUGGCUUACGAAAAUGGUGGUGGGGCAUUUCUUAUUCCAUAUUUUAUCCUACUAUGUUUGAUUGGUCGUCCGAUCUACUAUUUGGAAUUAAUACUCGGCCAAUUUAGUGGUCGAGGACCAAUCAAAGUUUGGAAAUGUGUUCCAGCUAUCAAAGGAUUGGGUUUUGCUCAACUUUUAUCAACAUCUUAUAUUGCCAUAUUCUACAACUAUCUGAUGGCUAUAUCCAUUUAUUAUUUUAUUGCUUCAUUCUCAUCAAAACUUCCAUGGACCGAUUGCGAUCAAUCUCAAACGCUUAAUGUUAGCUGCCCGGAAUAUUAUUACGAACGAAUUGUAUUGAAUAAAUCCAAUGGUCUUUGGGAUCUAAAUUCCAUAAGCAUCGAAUUGAUUGGAUGUUUAUUUGCAUCCUGGGCUCUUGUCUAUCUGAGUAUCGUUAAAGGAAUAACAUCAUUAGGAAAAGUUGCUUAUUUUACCGCCAUUUUUCCAUAUGUAGUUUUAAUAACAUUAUUAGCUGUUUCAAUGACUCAAGAUGGCGCUAUCGAUGGUAUCCUUUAUUUUUUACGGCCGGAUUUUGGUAAACUUUUGGAUCCAAUCGUUUGGUAUCGUGCAGUCGAACAAUCCUUUUUUUCCUUAGCCGUUUGUUUUGGAUCUUUGGUAAUGUAUUCAAGUUAUAAUAAUUUCAAUAAUAAUGUAAACAAAGAUGCUAUCAUUAUAAGUGUAUUGGAUACAUUCACUAGCUUAUUGGCUGGAUGCGUAAUAUUUUCUGUAUUGGGAACAAUGGCAAAUGAAAAAGGUGUCGAAAUCAAGGACGUUGUAUCAAGUGGUACUGGUUUAGCAUUUAUAGCCUACCCUGAAGGAUUAAGUAAAAUAAAAUUUCUUCCACAAUUAUGGUCGAUAUUAUUCUUUUUCAUGUUGUUCACAUUGGGCAUCGGAAGCUCGGUGGCCAUGAUUGAAACAAUAUUGACUUGUAUCAAAGAUGAAUUCGAAUCAUUACAUAAACAUAAAGCUAAAUUAGCAUUGGCAUUUUGUGUUUUAUUCAUGUUACUAGGAAUACCAUUGACUACAGAUGCUGGAUCAUACAUUAUGUUACUAUUGGACAAUUAUGGUGUUGGUACAGCUGCAUUUCUUUAUGGUAUCAUUCAAAUGGUGGCCAUUGCUUACAUUUAUGGAUUACGUAAUUUGCUUGAUGAUAUACAUUUCAUGCUAAAACAAAAGCCUUCAUUAUAUUGGAAACUGACAUGGGGAUUUAUUACUCCAUCCGUAUUGGCUAUCAUAUUCAUCUAUGGUAAUGUCCUCAUAUUGAUGGAUGAACGAGUCAAACCGGGCAUACCAAAUUGGGGAAAUCAUAUUGGCUAUGUACUAGCCGGAACAGCACUCAUUCAGAUUCCAUUCUGGAUGUUGAUGACAAUAAGUAAACAAAAAGGUUCUACGCUUUUCGAGAAAAUACAAUUGGCAUUCAGACCGACCAAUGAUUGGGGACCAAUCGAUGAGAAAAAUUUCAAUGAAUGGUCACAUUUCAAAGUGGAUAAUACAUUCAAUAAGGUGUUCAAUAAAAAUAGUAUGGAUACAAUCAGUUUUUCGGAUCAUCAUCAUUAUAAUCCCCACAUAGAUCCGAUACUGAGUGUAGCCAAUUUAAAAAUGGAUGGAUCUGAUAAUUUUGGUUUUUCAUCAGAUGAAAUUAGUGCCAAAUUUUCAACAAAAUGUUCGUAUAAUGUGACAAAUAACAAAGAAUUAAAUUGCACAUCUGCGGCACAUCAAACUAGUCAUAUAAAUAAUCCUGAUCGCCAUCGACAACAAACAAAAAAAUCUAACAUUCCCCGAUUACUUUCAAGCAGAAAAAUUAACAGUCCAGAGUGAAUUGGUAUCUGGAAACACAACCGAAAUUCAAUUUCAAACCUCCUGAUAAAAUCGAACAAGAAUUUAAAAAUUCCUGUUAAAAAUAUCGACAGCCAGGUUCAUUUUUUUUGCUAAUGAAUUUUUAAUUUUAUUUAAUUUAAUCAAUAUUUUUAUUCAAUAAGAUCAAGCUUCCUUUCUAA